AUGAUCCCCGGCCAGGAGAGCUGUCAAGUCAAGCUCGGGUACCUUGCCCACACACACCUCUUGCCGAAGGAGAUUCCCACGCCCCGUGCUCAGGGUAAGGUGCGAACCCACUUGGUGCACUUGGAACACCUGCUUCUUUUCCCACUCCACCCGCACUCGCACUGGCCAAGUGUGGGUGGAGCGGGAAAAUGGGAUGCUACGCCGUACACGAUCGAAUUAGGCCUCAGAGGAAUGGUCGACCGUGCGCUGCCUGCAUCCCAGAUGCUGAUCAAGUUCAAUCUUCCGGGCCAUUUACCUAUUUGGCCUGUUCAGACCUAA